UAUCUAUCUAUCUACCUCCGGGAAAUUAAAAAAAAAAAAAAUCGGUGGCUUACGGUCGUCUCCGAUUUCAACUCUCAGAGAGACUUAAAAAAACCUCUGAAUCAAAAUCCUUCAUCACUCUCUUUUUUACUUUGCUCUUUCUCAGCUCAGAUUCUUCGUUGCGGGAUUAGUUUAUUUGUUUUAAUUAUUGGUGUGAUGAAUGGUGAUGAGAACGGUGAGGGUGAGGGGCAUAGUGGAGGAGAAGAUAAAGCCAAUGGAGUCCCUAUGGAUGUGAGAAAUGGGGCUGCUGGCCAAGGCUCUUCGCCUGGACUGCAAGUUCCACUGUCGCAGCAAACGCAGGCCACUGUUUGUUGGGAAAGGUUUCUUCAUGUCAGAACCAUCAGAGUGCUUCUCGUGGAAAAUGAUGACUGUACUCGUUAUAUCGUUACUGCCCUUCUUCGUAAUUGUAGCUAUGAAGUUGUGGAGGUAGCGAAUGGUGUACAAGCUUGGAAGGUGUUGGAAGAUCUAAACAAUCAUAUUGAUAUUGUGUUGACCGAGGUGGUCAUGCCUUACUUAUCUGGUGUCGGUCUCUUAUGCAAGAUUUUGAAUCACAAAUCUCGCCGCAACAUCCCUGUCAUCAGUGAGUGUUUUCUCUCUUCUAGUUGAUUCUUCUCAAGCUUCCGGAUCUGUUGGUGAAGUAGAUGCUUUUAACUACAUUCCCCUGUGAGUGUUUUUCUUUUGUUGUUGCAGUGAUGUCGUCUCAUGACUCAAUGGGGCUGAUCUUUAAAUGCUUAUCAAAAGGAGCGGUUGACUUUCUCGUUAAGCCUAUAAGAAAAAAUGAGCUUAAAAUCCUUUGGCAACAUGUUUGGAGAAGAUGUCAAAGUUCAAGUGGCAGUGGAAGUGAAAGUGGAACUCAUCAAACUCAAAAGUCCGUGAAAUCCAAGAAUAUUAUAAAAUCUGACAACGAUUCAGGACACAGUGGUGAGAAUGAGAAUGGGAGCAUUGGCCUGAACGCUAGUGAUGGAAGUAGUGAUGGGAGUGGUGCUCAGAGCUCUUGGACAAAAAAAGCUGUGGAAGUUGAUGACAGUCCACGAGCGGUGUCUCUAUGGGAUAGAGCUGAUAGCACAUGCGCACAAGUGGUACAUUCAAACCCCGAGUUUCCCAAUAAUCACUUGGUUGCAGCACCUGCUGAGAAGGAGACUCAAGAACAGGAUGAAAAAAUUGAAGAUGUCACAAUGGGUAGAGACUUGGAGAUUAGUAUUCGUAGAAAUGAUGAUCCCAAAGAUGAACCCCUAACUAAAACCACUGGCAUCGUGAGACAGGAGAAUUCAUUUGAGAAGAGCUCUAGUAAAUGGAAACUGAAAGUUGGAAAAGGACCGUUGGAUCUCAACAGUGAAAGUCCUUCAAGUAAACAAAUGCAUGAAGAUGGAGGAUCGGGUUUCAAAGCGUUGUCUAGCCACCUUCAAGAUAACAGAGAACCGGAGGCGCCUAACCCACACUGCAAAACUUUAGAUACAAGUGAAGCUGCCGUCAAAAACUCUGAAGAGCUGAUGGACGUUGAACAUAGUUCAAAGAGGCAUCGUGGAACCAAAGAUGAUGGGGCAAUAGUUAGAGAAGACCGCAAUGUGCUGAGGCGUUCAGAGGGUUCAGCUUUCUCAAGGUAUAAUCCAGCCGCGAAUAACAAUAAGCUUCAUGAUAAUAAUUGCCAAGAUAUUACAAAAAAGACUGAAGCGGCAUGUGAUUGUCACCUGAACAUGAACGAGGGUCUCCGCAAUAAUCAUCACUCACGCGUCGGGAGCAAUAACUUGGAAAUGAGCUCUACGACUGGAGCUCCAAAAGUGAGCUCGGCAGGAUCUUCAUCAGUAAAGCACUCAUCGAUUCAGCCUCUUCUACCUUGUGAUCAUCGUAAUCAUCAUCAUCACUCGUCCUAUAAUCCUGCUCACAUCCCUGAGCAGAAGUUACCGCCCCAACGUGGAUCCUCAAAUGUGUACAAUGAGGUGAUUGAAGGUAACAACAACAAUAAAGUGAAUUACAGUGUGAAUGGAAGUGGAUCAGGAAGUGGUCACGGGAGCAAUGAUCCAUAUGGAAGCAGCAAUGGGAUGAAUGCUGGAGGAGGGAUGAAUACGGGUAGUGCUAAUGGUGAUGGUGGUGGAAGUGGCGAUGGUAGUGGAAGUGGAAGUGGAAGUGGAAGCGGGAAUGUGGCAGAUGAAAACAAGAUGUCUCAAAGAGAAGCUGCUUUGACCAAGUUCCGUCAGAAGAGAAAAGAGAGGUGCUUCAGAAAGAAGGUACGAUACCAAAGCCGGAAAAAACUAGCGGAACAACGCCCUCGUGUCCGUGGCCAGUUCGUGCGUAAAACAGCUGAUGCAACGAAUGAUAACGACACAAAAAACGUUGAGGAUAGCUGACAGGAAGUUCUCUACAAAACCAAUACUUAUCAGCUUAAAAAAAAAUGGUAACCUUCUCAUCAUCUUUGUUGGGACCUAUCAGUAAAUCUAUCUAUCGAUCACCUGUUUUUAACAAAACUUUCAUUACCCUCAAAAGUCUGAUUCUUUGAUACUACUACUACUAGAACUAUUCCACGAAACAAGGACACGACUUGUUAUGGUCUGGUUUGUGGAUUCAGGAGAAAAGGAUUUGGUUCAUGAGUUGUGUAGAUGAUGUAAACUUGUAAAACAAUAACCACUGGUUUUUGUAUAUAUAUUUUUUUGUAUAAGCUUUGUUGUUGGAGCCGAGUAGGAUACAGUCUCGUAUUUUGUAUCAGCAUCAUCUCAUAGCAUGUGUAUUGCAAAAUUACUAAAACAAAACUAUUAGUUUCAGCA